AUGCCAUAUAACGAAUUCUUAGACGAAUAUCGUUCGUUGGGACAUAUGAAUCAGAUUCCCAGUAUUGAAAAGGCCGCUCCUAACGCCGUAUAUAUUCGUCAUCAUCCAUUUUACGCGAAUAGUAGCACCACGAAACUGCGUGUCGUUUUCAACGCCUCUUGUAAGACGACAAACCGCAUUUCACUGAACGAUUAUCUACUGUUGGACCUAAGUUACAGCAGGAUCUUCCCGCUAUUCUAUUACGUUAGCGUCAGUGACGCUUCGUUUAGACCGCGGACAUUACAAAAAUGUUUCGCCAGAUUCUGGUUCACUCUUGAUACCGAUUUCCAGCGGAUUCUCUGGCGCCCGUCCGGCGACGGGUCAAUCGAGCACUUCCGUCUUCUUACCGUAACGUACGGGCUCGCUCCUCCCCCAUACCUUGCGAUGCGCGUCUUAAAGCAGCUAGCAUUAGACGAGGGCUCCAAUUAUCCUGCGGCAGUCUCUGUACUUAAUGAAUCAACUUACGUGAAUGAAGUACUAUUCGGUGCGGAUGGUACCAAAUUGCUUGUCAAGUGUCGAACUCAGUUAACGGAAUUCUUAAAAAAAGGAGGUUUUCCACUUCAAAAGUGGGCCUCGAAUUCUCAGGAGCUUUCCGCGAUUUGUUAA